AUGGCCACCGAGAGCGAUGCACCAGGAGCAGUGACGAAGAGUGGAGCAAAGAAUGCCAAGAGUGACGCGCAGAAGUUCUACAAGAAGCGACCAGACCCUGAGGGGUUGAAGACGGGAGCCAACGCCUCUCGCACGCUCCUCUUGUCAGAUCCCAAGACGAACUUGCAGGCAAAGCCGAUGAGGGAUGGAGUACCCGAGGAGAAGAACUACGCUCGCAACUCACAGCAAGUUCUUGAUGAGCACCUCAAGACCACAGGAGGGAAGUACCUCACCCGCUUUCCCCCUGAGCCCAACGGAUACCUUCACAUCGGUCACGCCAAGGCGAUGAACUUUAACUUUGGGCAAGCCAAGAUCGCCAAGGGCAUGGGGAUCGGAGGCGAGACGAUCAUGCGGUUCGACGACACGAAUCCGGAGGCGGAGAAGCAGGAAUACAUUGACUCCAUUCUUGCCAACGUCAAAUGGCUCGGAAAUAAUCCAAUCAAAGUUACUUAUUCCUCUGAUUAUUUCGACGAGCUCUACCAGUUCGCUCUCCAGCUGAUCCGUCAAGGGGAUGCAUAUGUCUGCCAUCAGACCAAGGAUGAGAUCAAGGCGAGCAGAGACAUCAUCCGACAGGCGCACAUCGAUCACCUCAAAGAGAUGCCGGCUGGCGCCUACAGUCCCUGGCGAGAGACGGGAAUGGAGGAGAACCUUGCCAAGUUUGAAAAGAUGCGGACCGGACAAUACGAGGAGGGCAAAGCGAUGCUUCGUAUGAAAGGAGACCUCUGGAGCGACAACCCAGCCAUGUGGGAUACUGUCUUCUAUCGCAUCAAGUUUUCUCCUCAUCCCAAGGCUGGUGAUCGAUGGUGUAUCUACCCGACGUACGAUUACACUCACUGCAUCGUCGACUCGCUGGAGAACAUUUCUCACUCUCUUUGCACACUCGAGUUUGAGACCAGACAGGCUGCCGACGGCCCGUACUACUGGCUGCUGCACAAGCUUGGAAUCUACAAGCCCGUCACCUGGGAGUACUCUCGCUGCAACAUCACUCACAAUGUUCUCUCAAAGAGAAAGCUCAAUGCUCUGGUCACCAAGAAGAUCGUCAGCGGCUGGGAUGAUCCUCGUUUGCUGACCCUAGAUGGGUUGAGGAGGAGAGGAUACAGCCCAAGCUCCAUCAAUGCCUUCUGCGAGCAGAUCGGAGUCACGAGAUCAGGAACCAUCACCACUCAGAUGCAUGUGCUGGAGAAUUGCAUCCGAACAGAGUUGGACCUCUCGGCAAGGAGAGUGUUUGCCGUCGUGCGCCCUCUGAAGGUUGAGAUCACCAACAUGACACAGGAGGAGAAGCUGAAAGUACCAAAUCAUCCCAAGGAUCCGUCAAUGGGGGAACGCGAGAUUCUCUUCUCACGCACCAUCUUCAUCGAGCGCGAUGACUUCCGCCUGCAAGACGAUCCCCAGUACUUCGGUCUCGCUCCUAACAAGGAUGUUGGUCUGUUGGGAACAGGAGUUGUGCUCACGUGCACGGAAGUGGUCAAGGACAGCAAGGGGAACGUCGAGAAGCUGAAGGCAACUGUACGCCCUCGUGGAGACGCCAAGCCAAAGGGAAACAUCCAUUGGGUGUCGGAAGGAGCUGCAGUCAAGGCUGAGCUUCGCUUGUACAGCAACUUGUUCACCGUCGAGAAUCCAAACGUCACUCCUGCAAAAUCUGCUGCAGCGGCUGAGGAGCCCGUCAAGGGAGACGAAGAUGUGGAGGACGACGAGGAGGUAGCGGGAGGAGCUGGCUCCUGGCUGGACUACAUCAACCAGGACUCUCUCAAGGUGGAGAAAGAUGCUCUGGUGGAGCCGUCGCUCCUUGCCUUCGCCUCUCAGCCAGGCACCUCCUUCCAGUUCCAGCGCGUCGGUUUCUUCGCUGUCGACCUGGACAGCAGCUCGAGCAAGCUCGUGUUCAACCGUGUGGUUCCUUUGACUGGCCCAAGAGCUAUCGUGUAA